CCACCUCGGCGUUUGGCAUUGGCGUCCGUACAGGUGUCAUCUUACUCCCCUCCCAUCUCCUCCCGCCCGUUACCUGGAGCCGCCCUAUUGUGUGAUGGUAGCGGAGCUGCUAUUUUGGGACCAGCGAGUCAGGCACAAAGCAUGCGGCUGAAAGUUGCGGGCGCAGCCUAUCCAACGGGGGCGGCAGCGGCGGCGGCGGCCGCGCUGGGGAGUCCAACUCCAACCAGGGCUUCCUGUCCUGGCAAGCGGCCAUCGCCGCGGCCAAAGAGGCCAAAGAGGCCGAGGAGAUGAGCCGGGCGGCCGAGGGCGAAGCGGGGGCGGCCGCUGCCCCGGGGGCUGCCGCGAACACAGCUCAGCGCAAGCGCCAGCAGUACGCCAAGACCAAGAAGCAGGGCAGCAACGCCAACGACCGACCCCCGAGGGCCCUCUUCUGCCUCGAUCUGAACAAUCCGCUGCGACGCGCGUGCAUCAGCCUCGUCGAGUGGAAGCCAUUUGAUUUGUUUAUCCUUGUGGCAAUAUUUGCCAACUGCGUGGCCUUAGCUGUCUACAUCCCCUUUCCAGAGGACGACUCCAAUGAAACGAAUCACAAUCUGGAAAAAGUGGAAUAUGCGUUCCUUAUUAUUUUCACAAUCGAAACGUUCCUGAAGAUUUUGGCGUACGGGCUCGUCAUGCAUCCCAGCUCCUACAUCCGCAACGGGUGGAACCUGCUCGACUUCGUCAUCGUCAUCGUGGGGUUGUUCAGCGUCGUGCUGGAGCAGGUGACAAAGGUGGGCGAAGGCGGCAGCCCCAUGGGCGGCAAGUCGGGCGGCUUCGACGUGAAGGCGCUGCGAGCGUUCCGUGUGCUGCGACCACUUCGACUCGUCUCCGGCGUGCCCAGCUUGCAGGUCGUGCUCAAUUCCAUCAUCAAGGCCAUGGUCCCCUUGCUCCACAUCGCCCUCCUCGUCCUCUUCGUAAUCAUCAUCUACGCCAUCAUCGGUCUCGAGCUCUUCAUUGGCAAAAUGCACAAAACCUGCUUCUACGUCAACACCGACACGAUGGUGGAGGACGACCCAAAGCCGUGCGCCUUCGCGGGCCACGGCCGGCAGUGCGCGAUGAACGGCACCGUUUGCCGGGGCGGCUGGCCCGGCCCCAACGGCGGCAUCACCAACUUCGACAAUUUCUUCUUCGCCAUGCUCACCGUGUUCCAGUGCAUCACCAUGGAGGGCUGGACCGACGUGCUGUACUGGGUAAAUGAUGCGAUUGGGAACGAGUGGCCGUGGAUGUAUUAUGUUAGUUUAAUCAUCGUAGGCUCUUUUUUCGUGCUUAACCUGGUUCUCGGUGUGCUGAGCGGAGAGUUCUCCAAGGAGCGAGAGAAGGCCAAGGCUCGCGGAGACUUCCAGAAGCUGCGGGAGAAACAGCAGCUGGAGGAAGACCUCAAGGGUUACCUGGACUGGAUCAUGCAGGCCGAGGACAUCGAUCCGGAAAACGAGGACGAGACGGGCGGGGAUGGAAAGCCACGCAGCACGAGCAUCCCCGCCAGCGAUGCCGACUCCGUCAACACGGAGAACACAGCGCAUGAGGCCGAGUCCCUCUGCUGCUGCGUGCGCCUCGCAUUAGCAAUUUCUAAGUCAAAGUUCAGCCGGCGGUGGCGGAGGUGGAACCGGUUCUGCAGAAGGAAGACACGUCUCACGGUGAAGUCCACUGGCUUCUACUGGGUCGUCAUCAUCCUGGUCUUCCUCAACACGCUCACCAUCGCCUCUGAGCACUACAACCAGCCUGACUGGCUCACCCAGGUCCAAGACAUCGCCAACAAGGUUCUGCUGGCGAUGUUCACCGUGGAGAUGCUCACCAAGAUGUACAGCCUGGGCCUGCAGGCCUACUUCGUGUCGCUCUUCAACCGCUUCGACUGCUUCGUGGUGUUCGGCGGCAUCAUUGAGACGAUCCUCGUGGAGUUCGGCGUCAUGUCGCCCCUGGGCAUCUCCGUGCUCCGAUGCGUGCGCCUCCUCCGCAUCUUCAAAGUCACCAAGUACUGGGCCGCCCUGAGCAACCUGGUGGCUUCGCUGCUCAACUCCAUGCGAUCCAUUGCCUCCCUGCUGCUGCUCCUUUUCCUCUUCAUCAUCAUCUUCUCGCUGCUCGGCAUGCAGCUCUUCGGGGGCAAGUUCAACUUCGACGAGACGCAGACCAAGCGCAGCACCUUCGACAACUUUCCGCAGUCUCUGCUCACCGUGUUCCAGAUCUUGACCGGAGAGGAUUGGAACGCUGUCAUGUACGACGGCAUCAUGGCGUACGGUGGGCCCUCCUCCACGGGAAUGCUCGUGUGCAUCUACUUCAUCAUCCUCUUCAUCUGCGGUAACUACAUCCUCCUGAACGUGUUCUUGGCCAUUGCCGUGGAUAACUUGGCCGACGCUGAAAGUCUCAACACUGCGCAGAAAGAGGACGAGGAGGAGAAGGAAAAGAAAAAGAGUGCCAGGGCAGAGAAGAAUGGCAAGUUGGAAAAGAAAGAGGACGGGGAGAGGGGCAAACUCGAUAAAAUCGCUGAUGCCAGCACCAAGUUGCAGAUUACUGCCGACGACGGGAAGAAGGCUCUUCCAUCCUCCGGAUCUCAUGCCGCAGAUGAGGCGGCGGCGGAGGAGGAAGAGGAGCAGCUCGGCGAGGGGGAGGAAGAGGAGGAGGAGGAAGAGGAGGAGGACGAGGAGGAGCCGGACAUGCCCUCUGGUCCUCGGCCCCGUCGCCUCUCUGACCUCAACCUGAAGGAGAAAGUGGUCCCCAUUCCAGAGGGGAGCUCUUUCUUUAUCUUCAGCAGCACGAACCCCGUUCGAGUGUGUUGCCAUCGCCUUAUUCAUCAUCACAUUUUCACCAACCUCAUUUUGGCCAUGAUCAUGCUGAGCAGUGUUUCUUUGGCCGCGGAGGACCCGAUUCGCAAUCAUUCUUUCCGAAACAACAUCCUAGGCUAUGCAGAUUAUGUCUUCACUGGUAUUUUUACGUUUGAGAUCGUGCUGAAGAUGACCUCCUACGGUGCGUUCCUCCACAAAGGCUCCUUCUGCAGGAACUACUUUAACCUCCUUGACCUCCUCGUGGUUGGCGUUUCUCUGGUCUCCUUUGGAAUUCAGUAAGCCAAAGCCCCCAGCUCGCGAAUCUCCGUGGUAAAGAUCCUCCGCGUGCUUCGAGUGCUAAGGCCUCUCAGGGCCAUUAACAGAGCAAAAGGCCUCAAGCACGUGGUCCAGUGCGUGUUCGUGGCUAUUCGGACCAUCGGCAACAUCAUGAUCGUCACCACACUGCUGCAGUUCAUGUUUGCCUGCAUUGGAGUGCAGCUCUUCAAGGGGAAGUUCUACAGCUGCACGGACGAGGCGAAGCACAACCCCGAGGAAUGCAAGGGAACGUACAUCGUGUACAAGGACGGCGACGUGAACCAGCCGAUGAUUCGCGAGCGCAACUGGCACAACAACGACUUCAACUUCGACAACGUCCUCACGGGCAUGAUGGCCCUCUUCACCGUCUCCACCUUUGAGGGCUGGCCCGCGUUGCUGUACAAGGCGAUUGACUCCAACGCAGAGAACUCUGGACCCAUCUACAACUACCGCGUAGAAAUCUCCAUUUUCUUCAUCAUCUACAUUAUUAUCAUCGCCUUCUUCAUGAUGAAUAUCUUCGUGGGUUUCGUCAUCAUCACCUUCCAGGAACAGGGAGAGAAGGAGUACGAAAACUGUGAGCUUGACAAGAACCAGCGUCAGUGUGUGGAGUAUGCCCUCAAAGCCAAGCCCUUCCGCCGAUACAUCCCCAAAAACCCGUACCAGUACAAGUUCUGGUACGUCGUCAACUCAACCGCCUUCGAGUACGUCAUGUUCGUGCUGAUCAUGCUCAACACCCUCUGCCUUGGCAUGCAGCAUUACAACCAAACCUUCCUGUUUAACUACGCCAUGGAUAUCCUCAAUAUGGUGUUCACUGGGCUCUUCACUGUGGAGAUGGUCCUCAAGAUAAUUGCCUUCAAGCCGAGGGGCUAUUUUAGUGACCCCUGGAACGUGUUUGACUCCCUCAUCGUGAUUGGCAGCAUUAUAGACGUCGUUCUCAGUGAAAUCGACCACUAUUUCUUUGACGCAUGGAACUCGUUUGAUGCCUUGAUUGUUGUGGGUAGCGUCGUUGAUAUUGCUAUCACCGAAGUGAACAGUUCCGAGGACAGCUCCCGCAUCUCCAUCACAUUCUUCCGUCUCUUCCGUGUGAUGAGACUCGUCAAGCUCCUAAAAGGGGAGGGCAUUCGCACCCUCCUGUGGACCUUCAUAAAAUCAUUCCAGGCCCUGCCAUAUGUCGCCCUGCUUAUCGUGAUGAUGUUUUUCAUCUACGCCGUGAUCGGAAUGCAGAUAUUUGGAAAAAUCGCGAUGCAAGAUGGAAUGCAAAUCAACCGCAACAACAACUUUCAAACAUUCCCUCAGGCUGUGCUUCUGCUUUUCCGUUGUGCGACGGGCGAGGCGUGGCAGGAGAUCUUGCUCGGGUGCAUGUCCGGCCGGCGCUGCGACCCCGAGUCGGACUACAACGUCGGGGAAGAGUUCACCUGCGGCAGCAACUUCGCCAUCAUCUACUUCAUCAGCUUCUACAUGCUGUGCGCCUUCCUGAUCAUCAACUUGUUCGUGGCCGUCAUCAUGGACAACUUUGACUACCUGACGCGAGACUGGUCCAUCCUGGGGCCUCACCACCUCGACGAGUUCAAGAGGAUCUGGUCUGAGUACGACCCAGAAGCCAAGGGACGGAUAAAACAUCUGGAUGUUGUCACACUCCUGAGAAGGAUCCAGCCUCCCCUGGGGUUCGGUAAACUGUGUCCGCAUCGCGUCGCCUGCAAGAGGCUGGUCUCAAUGAACAUGCCGCUGAACAGCGACGGCACGGUCAUGUUCAACGCAACGCUGUUCGCCCUGGUUAGAACGUCCCUCAAGAUUAAAACAGAGGGGAAUUUGGACCAAGCCAACGAGGAGCUGAGAGCGGUGAUCAAGAAGAUCUGGAAGAGGACCAGCAUGAAGCUGCUGGACCAGGUCAUCCCUCCGUCAGGUGAUGACGAGGUGACGGUGGGCAAGUUCUACGCCACCUUCCUCAUCCAGGACUACUUCCGCAAGUUCAAGAGGAGGAAGGAGCAGGGAGUUCUGGGAAGGCACCCGGCCCGGAGCACCACGAUGGCACUCCAGGCGGGCUUGCGGACGCUGCAUGAUAUCGGUCCAGAGAUCCGCAGAGCCAUCUCGGGUGACCUGCAGGAGGAGGACGCGACGUCGGUGCACUCGCAGGAAGAAGACGAAGCCAUCUUCCGGAGAUCCGGGGGUCUCUUCGGUGACUCCGUGGGGCCGCAGCCAUCGUCCGAAAGGAAGGACACCCUCCCGCAGAGCCAGGCCACUCAGCGGCCGCUGCAGCUGACCAAGAACACGGAGGACGACCGCCACCAGGGCAGCUGUGGCCAAGAUGCGGAGGAAGGACCGGAGAGCCACCUGCUCGGCAACCACGUGCAGCCUGGCCAGAACGGAGCCAAGGUUCCGGGGUCUCCGCCCAACUCCAACAUCAACAAUGGCAACAACAGCCACCUGCCCGCGGCAGGCAACUGCAAGGGGGGCUUAUUCCCGUCUGACACGGGGCAGCACGUGUCCCUGCACCACCCCAACGGCACAGUCAGGAGGGCCUCGGCUAAAAGCCGAAAUCGCUACUAUGAGACGUAUGUACGCUCGUCCACCGGGGAUGGACGCGUCCCCGUCAUCCAGAGGGAGGCGGCCGUCGACGACGAGGACGGCUACGCGGCGGAGCCCAGCUUCUACAGCGACGACGAGGAGGGCAGCCCGCUCACCAGGGACAGGCAAUACUACAAGGAGUCGAGCGGGCGCUACCGGGGAGCUGACCGGCAGUACGAUGAGCCGCUGACCCACACGUCCUCCUGCCGCUCCUACGACAAGGAGCUGAGCAGGAAUCCCCAGCGCAGGAGACUGCUGCCCCCAACUCCGCCAGGGAGGAGACCCUCGUUUAACAUCGACUGCCUGCGGAGACAGUCGAGUCUCGAGUCGGACCUACCCAUGUCCUUGAACUACGCGCCCAAUUCGUCCCUUCCUCUGCGGCUCGCCCAACAACAGGUCCUCGCCGUGGCCGGCCUGGAUGGCUUCGCCGCUGAACACCGGCGCCACUCAUCGGCGCAUGCGACCACGUCGUGGGCCACGCCACCCGCCACGCCAUCCUCCACGCCGGGACGCGGCUCCUCGUACCACAACAGCCGCACGAUGCCGCCAAUGCCGCCUGCGCCGGCGCCACCGUCGUUGCCGUCCCCCGUGUCCUCGCUGCCGCGGCCGCCCUACUACACGCCCGCCAUCCUCAUCGAGCGCGCCGAUUCGCGGGCAUCCGCGACCUCCGCCCUCCUCCACCACCACCACCACCACCAGCAGCAGCAUCACCACGGCGGCAAGCUCAACGGCAGCCUGCCAUCGGUGGACCGCAGCUCGUGGUACACGGACGGGCCCGACGCGCCGUACCGCAGCUUCGUGCCGGGAGGGCUCGCCGUGCCGUCUGCCCGACUGCGGGACCGAUACGCCGAGACGCGUGGCAGCGCCGACAGCCUCGUGGAAGCCGUGCUGAUCUCGGAGGGGCUGGGCCGCUUCGCCCGUGACCCACGCUUCGUGGCGGUCACCAAGCACGAGCUGGCCGACGCCUGCGAGAUGACGAUGGACGAGAUGGAGAGCGCCGCCAGCCACCUCCUCAACGGCAGCCCCACCGCGGGCGGCGGGGGCGGCCUGCACGCCCGCUCGGCGCCGGUGACCCCGCGCCGCGACUACGACCCCCAGGACUUCGGCUCGGGCGCCAGCGACGACGAGCCGGUGCACGUCAAGUACGACGAGGACCUGUCGGACGAGAUGAUCUGCGUCACCACUUUGUAGCGUAGGCCCCCCCCGCCCCGCCGACGUGCGGCGAACGUCGCGAUCGCUCGUCCGCCCGCCCGCCCGCCCGCUUCCCUGCCUGUCUGCAACCAAAAGCCGGACAAGCGAAGGGGACGCGUGGGAGGUGUGGAGGAACACAGCUGGAAGAGCACCCCCGUUGUGACUCGACAUGUGCCGUUGAGAGCGAUGCGAAUGGCGGGGUGGCCACUUAAUUGGGGCUGUCUUCCAGUCGCCGAGAAUUUCCUUCGACGCCUCCCUGCCCCCCCCCCCCCACUCACCUCCAGACCAACCCCACUCCACGCAUCCUUCCCUCGAGCACUGCUCUCUGAGCUGCUUUCGUAGUAAAACGAUGCCAAUUGGACAGAAUCGCUGGGACCAUUUUUCGCUCGAGCCAGAGCCACGGGCAGUGCCGCGUUGGCACCUGUUGAUCGGAGUGGCGGCUGUGGCCCCUUCGUCUACCGUGCGGUAGCGGAGGAUAUAUACCCCUGAAGUAUUGGAGGAGUGCAAGAGUCACGUGCAGGACGACCAGGACUCAUUGCGCCGCUACUUUAUUCCUUGGCUCGUCAUUGAGCGUUGUUUUUAUCGUUAAAAUGGAACACAGAGGCAGGAGGAUGGAUCUUCUGUGAAAGAAUAAGCUCAUAAGAAGCGACCACGAAUGUCGCCCUGUUUGGCAAGACCACAGCAGGAAUCAUCAGUGUUUAUAGAGACACAUUCGAAGGACGUAGUGCGGCUCAGACACUUUUCGACACAUCAUUCUGCACAGCAGAUAUUUGCAUGUCCGCCAUACACAUGUAUACCACUUGCCCACAAGUGUGAUUUUAUACAAUUUUGCUUAAGACAUUGAAUUACGCAAAAGUAUUAAUAUUAUUUAUACUUCACUGGGCAUGCAUGGCACAUACAUUUUAAGGCGUGCAUCCUACAGCUCUGUUUAGUAUCUAAUGCAGACACAAUCAUCAUUCAUUUCAGACCAUAUCGUUACCAUGAGCCUGUUUUAUAAAUCGGCAUAGACAGCACAAAUCAGCUAAAGUUUAUUUAUAUAGAGAUAUAAUAUACAUACCUAUUGCUGUAAGUACUUGAAUGAAAACUUGAUCUAAUUAUUUUUAAAGCAUAGCUCUUCAGGGUACUGAAGAUAAGAGAUUUAAAGUUGUUUUACAACACGUGGGAAUUUCUAAUAAAACAUUUGUUUAGUAUUUCAUAAAAAAUGGGGAAAAAUAUAUAUAUAUCAGAAAAUCAAGCAGUUUAGUCAAACAGAAUGACAUUUUUAACACUUUUAAAUGAUCUUUGCACAUUGUAUUCCGUGGAAAGCUUAACCCACACGUGAGAUGCGUACACUCAAUGUGUCUUCACAUGCAGCGAUCAUAUUUUGAAUGUCUCAUCUUGGUAGUGAAUGCAGUCUGUGAAAGUGGCACGGUUUCGCAUGGAUUCAACACCUGGUAGUUUGGUACAGCCCCGAGCUGAGUCCACAUAAACGCCACACCCCUCCUGGUUAAUCAUGUGAACGCGAAGGCGAGUGGACGCAGCUGAGAGACCGAUCCAUCUGUGUCAAUGCCUGUAUAUAUAAAAAAAUAAAAGUUUUGCUGGCUGGCUGGCGCGCGGGUGCCGUACACAGCCUGCAACUUCAUUUCAUUGGGCACUCAGCCACGUGAGGCCUACCACUUAAAGACGGCCCACAAACAAUAUUUAUCACCGCAAGCAUCUAAGCCUCACCAGUCACGUGCAAGAGAAGAGUAUGUUCGAUCCGGCAACACUUGCGUUUCCCAUAUUAACACGCUCACUCACCUCUUGUCACUGCACGGGCCCAACUAACAAUAU